ACUGCAUUUGCUUUCUGAGCGAAAUGGCUGCCGUCUCUGUGGUGGAAGCAUUCUCCAGUACAGAUCCUAUUGCAGAAGGACUUCUCGAACUCAUCAAACCUGCAAUCCAUCAGCUCGAUUUACACGUCCACUCAGUCAGAGAAAGCCAGGUGGAAUUAAGAGAACAUAUAGACAACUUGGCAACGGAGUUAUUCAGAAUAAAUGAACACCAGAAGAUUGCACUAGACCUGGAUCCUUAUGUGAAGAAGCUACUUAAUGCGAGGCGUAGAGUGGUGCUUGUGAACAAUAUUCUACAGAACGCUCAGGAACGCCUGAGAAGGCUAAAUCACAAUGUGGCCAAGGAGACAGCACGAAGGAAGACCAUGCUUGAAGCAUCGGGAGUGUUCACCCCUCGCUCACCUAGUAAACCAUGAGCCCUGUUUCCACUGCGCUGCAUGACUUGUCCCACUGAGGCUAGUUUAAACUAGAAUUAGAAUUCAAAUACUCAGUGUGCCCAUCUCUCUAGAAUAUUAAGAUGUGUUUGCUGAAGAACUUGAUGUUGUCUUGCAUUGCUUUGUUUUUGUCUUCAAAUUAAAAAUGUGUUUAAAAUGAGCACAGAAUAAUAUCCGUAACAACUAUUUAAAACCCCUUAUGUUUCUCAUUGUAGUAAAUUUCAAAAAUUGUUUUCAAUGAAAGUGUCAAUAGUGUUUCCAUUGAAAGGUAUGCACAAUGGUAAUGUUAAUUUUUUUAAAUACCUCUAAACUUUUGAUUUGGACCCAGACUUUCUGGGUUUGAAUGGCAGUAUUGAGUUUAACUAUGGCCACAUAAAAUUGAGGGUUUCCUGGGGUCUAUACGUUUUUUGUUGAUUAACAGUACCUUUGUAAAAGUGUAUGCUGUAUGACAGGAAACAAACAGUAGUGAUGAUAAGCUGCUUGUGUUGCUAAGAGUUGCUGUUUGUGUGUGCUGUUUAUUGUAAGUUGGAAUCACUUAUCAUUCCUGGGUAUUCCAAAAAAUAGUUUGUCAAAUAAUGUCUUUUCAAAAUAACAAAUUUUUCAGAAAUGUGAUUGUGCCAUGUUUGCUAGUUGAAAGUCAAAUGGGAGGCAGAUCUUCUAGUAGUCAGACUUUCCUCCUAUGGAACCAUGAUCCAAUUUUCUACUUUUCAGACUAAGCAUAAAACCUUUUGUUUUACAAAAGCAUACUGUUAGAGUAUCUUAUGUUAUCCUGAUCUACUUCUAUAGGUACUUUUAGGCUUGUACUGCUAUACUUUUGAGCACUUUUCCUUGUCCUGCUACUUUUUGUAAUACACAGUAAAAGAUUGUUGUUAUAAGGAAAUAACUUGAUGCAAAAAAUCUUCAUUUAAAUAAAUUGGGGCUAUUUGGAUAGAAACAAAAUCAUAAAUUAGAUCAUAAACUAAACUUAACUCCCCAUUAUUUUAUAAAUGGGAUCAAUGUAGUAACAUUGAUCAGUAACAAACUGAUCAAUUUCAGUUUGUUACUGACGGUGACUGGAUUAAGUUUAUUUCUGUUCACAAACAGAAUUUUGAUUUGGUGAACUGUUUUGAAUUGGUAUGUUUAAUUUAUCUGUAUUUGAAAAUAUAAAAAGCGGCCAUAAAUGACAUUUCAGUUAUUAAAAUUUUGUAGAUGAAUGACUACUCAGCUGUUAGAUUUAAAGUUUUCUGCCAUGUUUGUGAUUUUUUUUUUCCAAUUUUUAUUUCUCAUCGAUGUUUGAUCCAAUUUAGACAGUUGAUCAAACAUGACACAAGAACGGCGAUUCUAGGUUUUGUACCAAUAAAAUAAAGGUAUCUUUAUGUCAACGAAA